UUUUUUUUUUUUUUUUUUUUAACUGUGUAUCUUCUUCUUCUUAGCUCUUUGGCUGAAAGAAAGAAAAAAAUCAAUCCAUGGAUCCAUCUCUUUCCAUUUCCUGUGAUUCUCAUCACCAUCCUCCACAGUUCACCCCUUUCCCUCCUUUUCCCGCCUCAAACCCUUUUGGCUCCGGCGGCGCCGCUGCUAUUAAUCCUUUGGGACCUAAUCCUUAUCACCCAAACAACCAUAUCUUCCAACCGCAGCCGCAAACGCAAACGCAAAAUCCCCAACCGCCGAUGAUUCCCCAUCCUUCCCUCAACCACCCUCCUUACUCUGAAGUAUUAUGGCGCUCGCGAUUUGCGGCGUUAAAUGAACCCGACGGUUCGAGCAAGAUGGCAAUUUCGAGAUACAUCGAGAGAUGCUACACCGGUUUACUCCCUUCUGCUCAUCCUGCUUUGUUGACUCACAAUCUCAAGACUUUGAAGAGCAGUGGCGUUCUUGCUAUGGUUAAGAAAUCUUACAAAUUCGCUGUUUCCUCUUCUCCUCCUGAGAGUGUUGCUGUUGCUGCCGCUGCCGCCGCUCAAGGUCUCGAUGUUCCCAGAUCUGAUAUUCUCAACUCCGGCUAUGAUCCCAGGGCUGUCUCUGCUUCCGGUUCUGCUUCUCAGCCUCUCAAACGAGGUCGUGGUCGUCCUCCCAAACCUAAACCUGAAGCUCAACCACAACCACUGCAAGCCAUCAGUGGUCAGUCUAACGGGCAGCCAAGCUGGCAACAACAGCAAUCCGGAUCACCUGUCCCGAGACCGACCGAAGCAUCUCCGGUUCCGGUUACUGAGUCGGCUAAGAGAGGACCUGGUCGCCCAAGGAAGAACGGAGCUGCUGCUUCUGCUGGACCAAUCGUUCAGGCUUCGGUUAUGGCUGGAAUCAUGAAACGUAGAGGGAGACCACCCGGUCGUAGAGCUGCUGGGAGACAGAGGAAACCCAAGUCCGUCUCUGCUACUGCUUCUGUGUAUCCGUAUGUUGCUAAUGGUGCUAGACGCAGGGGAAGGCCUAGGAGAGUUGUUGACCCUAGCAGCGUCGUUGCCGUUGCUCCAGCAGGAGGUGAAAUUGGGGCGGCUGUUGCGCCAGGGAUGAAGCGUGGACGAGGACGACCACCCAAGAUUGGUGGUGUCAUCAGUAGGCUUAUGAAGCCUAAGAGAGGACGAGGACGUCCCGUUGGUAGACCCAGAAAGAUUGCAACAUCAGUCACCACUGGGACACAAGAUUCUGGAGAACUCAAGAAAAAGCUUGAUGUUUUUCAAGAGAAAGUAAAAGAAAUCGUGAAGGUCUUGAAAGAUGGAGUUACUAGUGACAAUCCUGCAGUUGUGCAAGCCAUAAAAGAUCUGGAAGGACUAACAGUGAUGGAGACGGUUGAGCCACAAGCCAUGGAUGAUGUGCAGCCACAGCCAAUGGAAACUGCAGCACCACACACUGAAUCUCAAAUUGAAGCUGCUGAAACUCAAGGAGAACAGGAACAGGGACAAGAAAGAGAUGAAGGGGAAGCACAGACCCAGACCCAGACCCAGAUCCAGACAGAAGCAGAGGCGAUGCAAGAAGCACUGUUCUGAAGAAUAAUGAUAAAUAAAUCAACCUAGACAUAAUAGCCUUGGUGUUUGGCAUUAGGAGGAGUGUUUUCUUUCUAGUUAUUUAGGAGUUUGGGAUCUUAUUAUCAUAAAUUAAAAAAAAAAAAAUCUAUAAGGAAUUUUAAUUUUUUGUAGGUUUUGUUGUCUGCAGAGACAAAAACAAAAGACUAGUUAAUGGUGUUUUCAUCGGUGUGUCUUUAACCAAAAAACAUUAAGACGUGGCUGUAAAUUAGCGAUGUUUCUUUCUUA